AAACCGACACGUCGGGUGAGAUUCUCGGCACAGCAUCAUCAGCGCUGACGUGGGAGCUACGUGAGCGAAGGCCGUCCAACCCGACUGUCAUUGGUGACGAGUCAGACUACGUAAAACUUGGGUAAGCAUGGAUACAUCGGUUUCGUCUCAGCUGGACAGCAGUUUGCAGGACUCUGAGACAGGUGGAGAGGAGAACCUCAGUGAUUCAAAUGCAUCUCCUUCAGCUUCCACACAGGUUUCCUUGGAAACAGAGUCUUCUGUGACUGUAGUUCAGCUGCCUGAUGGUCAGACUCUGCCGAUCCAAAGAAUCAUCCAGGCUCCUCAGACCUCUGUUAUUCAGGCGCCCCAAGUCCAGAAUGUUCAGAUCACUCCUGAGAUAAAAUUGGAGGGGGAACAGCCUGUUGCAGACACGCAGAAGAGACGGGAGAUUCUCUCCAGGCGUCCCUCCUACCGAAAAAUUCUAAAUGAGCUCUCCUCAGAUUCUCCAGCAGUUGAUAAAAUCGAAGAAGAAACGGCAGAGGAUGAGGUGCAGGCCUCCAGCAACCCCCCCAUUUCUCUGCCAAACUCCAUCUACCAGAGCAGCUCAGGCCCAUACAUUGCUGUCACUCAGGACAGAGGUAUUGCACUGACCAGCGCUGCAGUAGAAGCCCUUCACAGGGUCCAGACUCUGACUGUUGCCAACUCUCCCACCCCUCAGCCUACAGCCACCUUCCUGCAAGCUGGAGAAUCUCCACAGCAGUUCUACAUCCACGGGGGGCAGGUGCUCAUCCAAGCUGCUACAGGAGACAUCCCCGCCUAUCAGCUGCGGUCGCCUAACUCCAGCCUGGCUCAGAGCAUUGUGCUGGCCGAGUCUCCGAGCAACAUGCAGAGCCCUUCGUCGCAGCACGCCGAGGAAAUCACCCGCAAGAGGGAGGUCCGGCUGAUGAAAAACAGGGAAGCAGCUCGUGAAUGUCGCAGGAAAAAGAAGGAGUACGUCAAGUGUCUGGAAAACCGCGUGGCAGUUCUGGAAAACCAAAACAAGACCCUGAUUGAGGAGCUCAAAGCCCUGAAAGACAUUUACUGCCACAAAGCUGAGUAGCAGCUGCUGCUGGUGGCCACAGACUAAAGACACUUUAAGACAAACAAAGAAAAAGACUAAGAAGAAAAAAACUGCUUUUGUUUCUCUGCUCACUCAGGCCUGUUGUAGUGGGGAAUUCAGACAGCUGGAGCUUGCCACUUUUGCUCUCGUUCUCUGUACACGUGAAGAGUGCCGUAUGCUGUGCUUGCUGCUGUGCACGUUAGGGGGGGUUCUUCGGCUAAAAGAAGAGGAACAGGAAGUAGGGACGCAGGUGCUUCCUGAAAAAGCCUCACUUGUAGACAGAGAAAAAGAAAUAUUGGGAAAGGGUCAGCUGAUCAGCAGUUGGAGGAGGUGCAAGCUAAGCUACAGUUGAUCCAUCACCAGCUGCAAACCUCCACCUGUGUUUACCUGUUCCAGUGACAUUUGGAUCCCUGCGUCUGAGUUUGGUCACAGCAUUCCUUUCAUGUGAAAGCACAACUAUGAAAAAGGAUCAAUACUUAAAUAUGGACAGCAAAAUGAUCUUCUAAAGUUAAAAAGCUUUCGUUUGAUGAAGAAAUGAAAAGAAAAAUUACUAGAAAAAGUUUUAGAAAUAUUAUAAAACUGAAUACUCCAGGCCAGUAAUAAAACUUAUUUUUAUGACUCAUAAAAUACAUUUAUUUAUGACCAGCACAUCUUUGCUCUAUAAUAAAAUAAGUGAAUGUUAUCAAAAUUGUUUAUACAUGAUUUACUUCCAAAAACCAUAUUUAUAUCUACUAAAGAAAUUGUUAUAUUUGAAAAACUUGAUCAUGAAAGAAUGACUUUAAUUUAUAUCAAAACUGUAAAUUUAAACAUGCUCUUAUGUGAUGAACCCCCCCCCCCCUUCAGUUUGAUUGUGGAGGAAAUGUCUUACUUUUGAAAAUAUCUGCUUCAACAAUUGAUCCAUAUGGAAAAGCUCUGUUUAAAGGGUGAUGCCAGUUUCUUAACUUUAUUUCAAAGACAUUUUUGUUUUUAAUACAUCAUUUCUGCUGACUUUUUUCUUUGUUUCUGAUGAAUUUGUUCCAGUGGUUAUGCUUUAAUAAAUAUUACCCCCCUUAUUUUUUUCAUUAUGUGAAAAUUGACUUAGGCUCCCAAAGUCCCAGUAAAAUAUGCAAGAACUGUCGCUCAUUACAGUGUAAAUCCAUAUUUCUCUCAUUUUGGCUAAAAACCUGAUGAGGUUUGUGUUUAAAGAGGAAACCUCGUUCUGUUUUACUGUAUUUUGUGAUGAAAAAAAAAACUUUCUAUAAUAAAUCUGUUCAUUAUAAAUAUAUUUUCUGCAUUUAAAUGUUACUUCUAAAAAAAACCCAUUUGUUGUCAUCUCAGUGGACUUUCUUGUCUUAAGUGUGAAACUAUUUUCUUUAUUCAAAAAAAGUUUUACAUUUUCACUGAAGUCAUCAAGAAUUUUGUGUUAGUUGCUGCAAAGUAUAAUAAGAUUACAGUUUAUUAUCAACUCCACCCAUAAAAGCGUUUUAGAAGAUAUUUUCAAUCUGUCUAUUUUUGCAACCAGAAACAAAACUAAGGCUCUGUUAGGCAUCUUGAACUUUAAAGACAGACUUUCUUUAAUGUUAUCAAAGUCUCACUGAUCAUCUUUUGAUCUACCGGUAUUUUGUUUUUGUUCCCUGUGUUCUUUUAAUUUUGAAAAUGCUACAAUUUCAUGAUGACUGAACUUUAGUUAAAAUCAACAAGCCUGUGUUGUUUUCUAGGACAUAGUUUCUGCUGAGUGGCAGGAGUUCAUUAGAUGUUUGACUCUGUGUAAUGGGACGGACCAUUGGCAUAGAGCAACCCCGCCCCCUCUUUCCUUCCCCGUUGUCAAGAGAGCAAGGAGCUUGUGGCCCACCAAGUGUAUUUUUGAUAUCACAAAUAAGCACUUCUUCAUAUGCCAUAUGGUCUGUUCCUGAUUUGCAAUAAUUUGAAUAAAGAAAUAUUCAGAAAAACAAA